AUGACAAACACAGUUCCAAAGGACACAAUUGCUAGAAUUUUCCAGGCUUGUUCUUUUACUAAUGAGUCCACAAGAAUCACAGAAUCUACCUUGAUGCUAGUGGAUGAGUAUCUUGAGGUAUUUGUUCGUGAAGCUGUGCUUCGGUCAGUUGAAAACAAAGAGCGUAUAAAGGACGAGCAUCGAGAUCAAUUAGGAGAUCAGCUUAUUCUGACACACAAAGAUCUAGAGAAUGUUUCAGGUCUUUUGUUGCUUGACAUGUAA